AUGGAAUGGUUAACACAGUUCCCUAUUACUCAACAUUUGUUGGAAGUAACGAAGAAGAAGGUUUGUAGUGCAUUAAGAAGCGGUCCAGUUCCUCAGCAUGUUGGUUUUAUCAUGGAUGGUAAUCGAACUUACGCCAAGAGGAAACAUAUCGAGUUAAAGGAAGGACACAAUGCAGGAUUUGAGAGUAUGGCCCGUAUAUUGGAAGUGUGCUAUGACUGUGGUGUUAAAAGUGCCACCGUUUUUGCAUUUUCCAUUGAAAAUUUCAAGAGGCCAAGCUAUGAAGUGCAAUGGUUGAUGGAGUUGGCCAAAGCUAAAUUCACCCAAGUGGUAGGUAACGGGGAGAUGUGUGAACAGUUUGGCAUUCAAAUCAGGAUUCUAGGUGACUUGGACUUGCUGCCAGAUGACGUUAGGACGGCUCUAUUGAAGGCAGAGGAGAUCACCAAGCAUAAUAAAAGGGCAGUUUUGAAUGUCUGUUGGUCAUAUACAUCUAGACACGAUAUGACACAGGCAAUUCAGAAAACAAUUGAGCAGUUUGCCAAGAAUAGAAUCGGAUUAAACGAUAUUGAUGAAGACAGGAUUUCCGCAAACUUAUAUACGGGGCCUUCGCCGCCCCUGGAUUUGCUUAUUAGAACUUCAGGUGUUUACAGGUUAAGUGACUUUAUGUUGUGGGAGGCCACCAGUGAGAGGUGUGACAUUGAGAUUGUUGAAGAGUUAUGGCCGCAAUUCAAUGCGUUGAAGAUGAUAUGGCUCUUAAUCAAGUGGAGUUUCAACAAAACCUAUAAUUCCAAACAAAUUUCCACUCCUGUCACUUCCAGUAGUUUCAAUAGGAUCGAUACAGAUGGCGGGGGAUGUAAGAAAUCACUGGAUGAAACAAAGAUGGAGACAAUACAAGUAAAAGAAUAG